CUUAUCUGUGUACUAGGUAUCCGGUCAUCAAACAUGGCAGACGUACCGAUCGAUUGUGAUUUCCCUGUCUGGGGAUUAUUGCCGAAAAAAGAAACAGGAGUUGUUUCUUUUUUGAACAAGUAUCCAAAUUAUGAUGGAAGGGAAUCUAUUAUUGCAAUUUUGGAUUCGGGCGUUGACCCGGCCGCAUCUGGCCUCACGAUUACUAGUACAGGAAAAACCAAGGUGAUAGAAAGGUUCGACUGCAGCGGUUGCGGUGAUGUAGAUACAAGCACUGUAAUAAAAAAGGUUGUAGAUGGGUGUAUCACCGGUAUUACAGGCCGCAAGUUAAAGAUUCAGGAAUCGUGGAAGAAUCCCACAGGGGAAUGGCGCGUCGGUGUUAUCUAUCCCUUCAGUAUAUACCCAACAAGGGUGAAAGAGAGGAUACAGGAGCACAGAAAGGAGCACUUUUGGGAUGUGGGACAUAAAAAGGCAUUUGCUGAAGCCAAUAAACAGUUGCAGGACUUUGAAAAUGAAGUUGUAUCUAAAAACUCAACGCUGAGUCCAGAGGACAAGGUGAUGAAAGAGGAAUUGGAGGCGAGAGUGGAGGUGUUGCAGAAUGCUGAAAAAAAGUACAACGAUUUAGGUCCCACUUACGACUGUGUUUUGUUCCAUGAUGGAACUGUUUGGAGAGCAUGUAUAGACACGUCAGAGGCCGGAGACUUAUCAACCGGUCCACUACUUGGGGAGUACAGUGUGACACAUGAACACACACACCUCACUGCUUUGGACGAGAUGACCAUUACCAUAAAUGUACAUGAUGAGGGCAACACCCUCGAAGUUGUGGGGAUGUGCUCAACCCAUGGCACGCACGUUGCUGCGAUCGCGGCUGGAUACUUCCCAGAAGAGCCGGACAGGAAUGGAGUGGCACCCGGAGCACAAAUUGUAUCACUCACAAUCGGAGACAGUAGGCUUGGGUCGAUGGAAACUGGUACAGCUUUGGUGCGAGCCUGUAUCAAGGUUAUGGAGCUGUCGAAGAGUAUGAAAAUUGACGUUAUAAACAUGAGCUACGGUGAACACGCCCAUUGGUCGAAUGCAGGUCGCAUCGGCGACAUAAUAAGCACGGUGGUGCGUCGCUACGGCGUGUCGUGGGUGGUGUCGGGCGGCAACCACGGGCCCGCGCUCGCCACCGUCGGCGCGCCGCCCGACAUCGCGCACCCCGUGCUCAUCGGCGUGGGCGCGUACGUGUCGGCGGAGAUGCAGAGCGCGGCGUACUCCAUGCGCGCGCGCGCCCCGCCCGGCGCCUUCAGCUGGAGCUCGCGCGGGCCCUGCGCCGACGGCGCGCUCGGCCUCGCCGUCUGCGCGCCCGGCGGCGCCGUCGCCUCCGUCGCGAGGUUCACUUUAAGAAAUUCGCAAUUAAUGAACGGCACUUCCAUGGCGGCGCCACAUGUUGCGGGAGCAGUCGCGGUGCUCAUAUCGGGCUUGAAAGCCAAGAAUCUGCCUUAUUCGCCGUAUUCAAUGAAGAGGGCACUUGAAAAUUCAGCUACGUAUUUGGAUCAUGUGGAGCCGUGGGCGCAGGGCUGCGGUUUGCUCAAUGUGGAAAAGGCGUUUGACAUGUUGUGUGCGCACCACGCGGCGGCGGAGCGCGACGUGUCGUUCAGCGUGGCGUGCGGCGCCGACGGCGGCAAGGCGAUACAAAAAAACGUAUAUAGCGCUCGGUUCGCAGACGAGGCGGUGAUCCACAAGCAGAUCCAGUUCAGCGUGCGGCUCGCGCUGACGUGCGCGGCCGAGUGGGUGAGCGCGCCCGCGCACCUCGAGCUGAUGAACGCGCCGCGCGCGCUCGCGCUGCGCCUGCACACCGCGCACCUGCCGCCCGGCGCGCACUUCGCCAGCAUAAACGCGUACGACGUGACGUGCGUGGAGAAGGGGCCGGUGUUCCGCAUCCCGGUGACGGUGCUGCAGCCGGCGCCGCUGCCGGAGCCCUACGUGCUGGCCGAGAGCAACGUGCUGUUCAAGCCGUCCACUAUCAAGCGGCACUUUGUCAUACCGCCGCUGACCGCGACGUGGGCGGUGCUGCGGCUGAGCCGCGCGGAGGGCGAGCGCAGCGGCCGCUUCCUGGUGCACUGCAUGCAGCUGGCGCCGCGCCGCAGCUGCCGCUCGCACGAGACGCAGAAGAUGCUCACGCUCUCGCACGACGCGCCCGCGCUGCUGCCCUUCCAGCUGCUGGGCGGCGUGAUGCUGGAGGUGGUGAUCGCCAAGUACUGGGCGAACCUGGGUGACAUGAGUGUGGACUACACGGUGGAGUUCCACGGGCUGAAGCCGGACUUCGGGUCGCGGCUCGCGCUCAGCGCGCACUCGCUGGGCGCCGUGCUGCUGGCGCCGCUGCGCGCGCACGAGGUGCAGCCCACCGCGCAGCUCAAGUACUCCGAGCCGGUCUACCGGCCAACAGAUUCAAAAAUAAGUCCACUGACGAGUCGAGACAUUAUUCCACCAUCUCGGCAGAUCUACCAGAUGAUUAACACAUACACCUUCCACAUAGCUAAGCCCACUGAGGUUUCUCCUAUCUUCUCGUUGCUAUGCGACAUGCUGUACGAAUCAGAAUUCGAGUCGCAGAUGUGGAUGCUGUACAAUUCGUGCAAACAGCUCAUGGCCGUGGGCGACGCGUAUCCUUCUAAGUACUCGGUGAAGCUGGAGAAGGGCGAGUACACGGUGCGGCUGAGCGUGCGGCACGACAGCAAGGCGCUGCUGGAGCGGCUGCAGGACGCGCCGCUCGUCGUGCAGCAGCGCCUCGCGCAGCCCAUCACGCUCGACGCCUACUGCUCCAUGCACGCGGCGUUAACGGGCGGAAAAAAAUUCACAACGGCUACCGUGACGGCUGGAAAUUUACUGCCUAUAUAUUUCACACCCAUCCCUGCGGAUAAGCUGAGCCGCGCCAGCGUGACGGCGGGGCAGGCGCUGACGGGCACGGUGACGUUCGCCAAGGACGAGGGCGCGCGGCGCGCCGACGCGCACGCGCUGCACUACGCGCUGUGCGAGCCGCCGCGCCGCCGCGACGCGCGCGAGCGGGAGCGCGAGCGCGAGCGCGCCAACGAGCGCGAGCGCGCCGAGCGCGACAAGCGCGCGCACGACGACUACCGCGACGCGCUCAAGGACCUCGCCGCCACCUGGAUGCCCAAGCUGGAGGGCGACAAGCUGGAGCAGGUGUACGAGGAGGUGCUGGAGCGGUUCCCCGGGUACCUAGGCGCGCACGUGGCCUACCUGCAGGCCAUCGACCCGCACACGGACAGCAAGAAAUUACCCACGCUCUCGGAGCCGGACGUGACGACGGCGUGGUGCGAGCAACUGAUCGCCAUCGCGGAUAAGGUGCUGAAGGGCGUGGACCAGGAGCGGCUGCUGGCGCAUCUCGGCAUGAAGACCGACACCCGGCCGGAUGCUGCGAAGAUCAAACAGGAGCACGAGAAGCAGCGCGGCUGGGUGGUGGAGGCGCUGUGCCGGCGCGGCGCGGCGCUGUGCCGCCUGCACGCGCUGGCGGGCGCGGCCGCGCGCGCCAAGCUGGCCGACGCGCUGGCGCACAACCUCGCCGACCUGCUGCACUUCGCCGACCUCGCCGACGCCAAGGUGAUCCACUACGGCGUGUGGCACUGCUUCACGCUGAAGCAGUGGGGGCGCGCCGUGAAGCUGCUGCACAAGAUCCACGAGGAGCGGCCCUCGCGCGACGUGGACGAGCGCCUCGUGGCCGCGUACGAGCAGCUCGGCUACGCGCACCUCGCCGACGCCACGGCCAAGGCGCUGCCCAUCAAGUACCCCGCCGCCUUCCGCCCGUUCUGAGACCCCCCGCCGUGCUGCGUGCCGUGACGGGUGCAGGCGGUAGUGGCGGUAGUGUCGUGCUGCGUGACAUACACACGACGUGACAUUUUUCAGCCCUGCUUCAUUUCAUACUCCCGUGUGCAUACUGUCAUACGAUAAAAUAGGGCAUACGUUCAAAUGGCCCAAAUAAGUACGCACAUUGCGUGCACGUGUACGUACAUACGUAUGAAGUGUGUCACGCAGUUUGACGUUGUCAUAAUUAACGCGUAUUUUUAAAGGAUGCAGUGAAAAUUGAUAUAUUCAUUUAUAAUUUGAAUUGUUGUUAUUAUGAACGCGAAAUGAGAAACCGUUAUUCAGUAUCGGUUUUACAAGCAUAUUAAAAAUUUAGGUAUUUUUCGCAUUUUUUUUAAUCUCAAAAGAAUCGUUACUGUAUUUUCAUUACGUGUGCAGGCAAAAAUCAGUAACAAUUUAAAAUAUUAUAUUAUUUGCAGUGAUUGCGUCCUUUAAUGAUACAAGUUAUUAAUAGACUUAUGAAACACAGUUCGAUAUUAAUGUCUCAUUUGUAAUAUCAAUUUAUUUUGAAUAUAUUUUUUUUUAUUUCUCAAAUGAAAAUAUGAAACAUGAACGUAGAAGUCUACGACGUGAUUUUUUUUUUAUUUCAACUAAAUUUUUUCGAACUGUAUUUCUAUAUAGUAAAUAAUAACAAACAUAGGUAUGUAAUGUUGUGCAGAUUGUUUACAAAAAAGACGCCAUUAUUGUCAGAAGUCAGUUGCUAUUUAAUAGUGAUUUAUAGAACUGUAGAUAUCGAGUUUUGACAGCGUUCAAGAAUUAGAGUAGUUUUAUUUCUAAGUUCUGUUGUCGCCUGGUAAGGAACAGUCGUUGACAUCAUAGUUUUUUGUGUAUGUAUUUAAACUGAAUUAAACAAAACGUACGAAUUAUUUUCAAGUUUUAAAAGAAAACAGAACUACAGGAAAUGUUUUGUAAAAAGCGCAAAUGGUGUCGACAGACGUGCAGACACCAAAUAAAUUCGGUUGCUCUCUUUCUAACCAUACUAGUAGACAAGGAUACAACAGACUGUCACCGUAACGCGUUACGUAACGAAGCGGUUUACCCUCCCGCAAGAAGUUAUCGCCUCAAAAACAGACGGAAACAGAAGUUUUUUGUUAAAAAAAUUCUUUAAUACACAAUUAGCCGGAUUUUAAUGAGACAUAGAAAUUACUCGAAAACAUAUGUGUAAUAUUAUUUCCAAUUGCAUAUUAAUCGUACGCUAUGAAAACUCUUUGUCACAGAUUGUUACUUAACAAAUGAAAUAUAAAUGCGUAUAAUGAGAAUAAUUUUAAGUAGUUAUAUGGAAAUGUUGGGGUUUCAUUGCAGAAUUUAAUGUAACGGAUUGGAUUGGUCAUUUUAUUUUCGGUCUGGAAUAUGUCAUCGAAGUGUAUGAAAUUGAAACAGCCAUUAGUCAUUUACAUUUAUAGAAAGAGUAUUUACAAAAUUGAAAAAAAAAAAUGUAAAAAGAAGAAAUCUUUUGUUUGUUGCUCUAAUGAAGUUGUAUUCAACAUUUAAUUCUCCAAUAAAACCCCAAGCUGUUGUUUUAAGACGCACCAAUUUCUCAAACGCCACCCAACUAGAGGUGUUACUCAGUUACAGAGAUGCGUUUGAGAAAUCGGCCGGUAGACAAAUAUACAUUUAUACAAAAUCAUGGUGUUUCGCUUUGUGGAGUUAGUGCUUCUUUUGUUAGGGAACAAGUGUUUUCUUUGAUCUAUUAAAACAUUUUUUUAUACAUAAAAAUAGGUAUACAAUAUAAAUAUGGGAUUUCAGCUAGUUCAAAAUAAUCGGAAUAAUUAAAUUCAGUAUAAUAGAAAGGUUUAACUAGAAAGAAUGAUUAUAAAAGGUUUGCGUUAACCGUCUUCCGAGAAAUUAAAAAAAAAACACUUGUUCCAUAAUGUGAUUAUUGUACGAAUAAAUAAAUAAUUAUUGUGUUUUAUAUAUUGACAUCAGGGUGCUCAUUGCGUGCUCAAAGUGCAGUGCCGUUAUUCUGUUUUUACAUAAAAUCGUUUAAAAUAUUUUUUUUUUUUUAUAUAUAAAUAAAUACCAGAAAUCGAAAAAGACCUUUUCUCGGUCUAAGGCUUUUUUGAGUAUCGAAAUUUUCCCUUUUAACGCCUACAUUGGUGGAGAUUGGAAAAAAAGAUAGAAACCUAAAAAAAAACCAAGCACUCAAAUACUUGAUAAUGUAUUUUAUAUAAAAAUAAAAUAACGGCACACGUAUCUUCUUUUUUUACAUUAUCUUUUCGUUAUAAUUACAAUUUGAAUGAAAUGACCUCAUUAGCUUAAAAUAGCGGUUAAAUGAAUUACGUUAUAGUACAAAUUGACGUUUCAACGAUACAGUACAUAAUAGGUUAGGUGUUUGUCCCCGUGUGGGGUAUGGGGCCAUUGAUUUACCACUGCAAUAGAUGUAUGUAAAAAUGACCCGUAAAGGACUGCGCAAAUUCAACGUGGGAUGUCCGUUUCCAUAGUGUGCUGUUCGAAUUGUUACCGUAAUGCCUUACAGUAAGGUAGAAUUUCGUAAACACUUGAGAUACGUAGUAAAUAGUAAUAUUUCAAAUAGACGUCCAAUAUACGCGUUUUUGCUUGAAAUUUUUUUAUUGUAGUAAUAAAUUAAUCAACAGUGUAUCUGUUGGAUGUUAUUACUUAAUGUUUACAGCAAAAUGUCUAGGGUAUAUCAAUUUUUUUAUUUGUUUUCACUAGGUUUUGAUCGGGUACAUAAGUUUUGUUAUUGAAUCAAACGCAUUUGAACUUUAGAUGUACCUACGUAUGUCCCUUUUUGUCUGUAUGUUUGUACAGAGGUUUUCAUACGUAUUGGCAGUUGUGAAAUAUAUGAUUAUUUAUUUAUAAUUUGAUUACAAUUAUUCAGAAAUAAUAAGGUUUUGUUAUAAUCAAUUUGAUAUAUCAGAAUAUAGCGCGUUCGAAUAGUAAUAUGUCGUUAUUGAAUUGAAUUAUAUGUGUAUUGUAUUUAUUUAAAAACUAUAUAUGAAAUCAAAAUGGCCCAUAUGGAUUUACUCGAGUAUUUUUCCAGAUGAAUUCGUUCUGAAAUAAAACACAUAUUUAAAUCAGUUUUAGAUAUUUUUUCCGUAGCUGUAAACUUAAAUACUAAAGACCAGUUUCACAACUUGCUGAUAAAGUCACUGAUAGCCUGUUUCACACUUAUUGACUUAUAUUGUCGUUUUAACUGACAGAUACGCUAAACAGAGCUUAUCCAGCGGUUGUGAAACUGGCAAUGUAACUGCAAAUGUAACUUAAUUCAUUUAAUGCGUGCGUAAAAGCAAUACGAUUUAAUAUAAUAGAUACAAUUAUAAAGUAUAGAAUUUAUAUAGAGUUUUAUAGCUGGGUUCGUCGGAGCGGCCGGCGGUCGCGGAGCGCGUGCGCUGUAUGAGAAUAGAAAUAAAAUAUUACAUGAACUAUAAUGUUUUAUUUUAAGAUUUUCGGUUGUAAGUACAUUUUUUAUGUUAUUUUUUUAAUUACACGUAAUUUUGAAAUUG